AUGUCAACCAUCAAGAGUAGAAAUGUCGAAGAAAAUUCUAAUGAAAAUAAAUCACAAUCUGAUUCACAAGAAGAUGUAUCUAAAAUCUUAUCAUCAUCUGUAGCGGGAGCUUCAUCACUUGUUAUUUUACAACUUAUUAGUAGAUUGGCUACUUUUGUUUUGCAUCAAAUUGUUUUGCGUUAUACAGACCCUGCAACAUUUGGAAUUGCAUCAGUACAAUUAGAAUUAUUAUUAGCAACAAUCUUGUUUUUAUCUCGUGAAGGAUUUCGAUGUGCUUUAUUAAGAGGAUGUGGUGAUAUCAGUAAAGUUGAUCAUGAUGAAAAUUCACAAGGAAAAUCAAAGGAUUCGAUAAUAUUUGCUAAUUCUCCUGUUGGAUCUAUUCAAAAAAUAACAAAUUUAUCAUAUGUACCAAUACCAAUCGGAAUCAUCACAACUUUUCUUGCUUGCGUUUUUUAUAUCUUUUACGCAAAUGAGGAAUCAUUAGCCACACCAUAUUAUGUUUCUUCUGUAGUAUUAUAUGGUUUAGCAGCAUUUGGCGAAUUGAUCAUUGAACCAUUGUAUAUUGCAACAAUGAACAAUCUGAUUUUCAUUCUUAGAGUACGUUGUGAAAUGAUUGGAGUUGUUGUUCGUUGCGUUAUCACACUCACAAUGACACUAAUGGGAAUUCCUAAAAAUAAUGAAAAAGGAAAGAAUGCCUAUGGAAUCUUGGCAUUUGCAGUUGCACAGUUUGCUUUUAUGUCGGUUUUGCUGUUAGGUUAUGUUGGGUAUUUUAUUUCAAAUUGGGAUAUUCAAUUAUUAAAACCAAGAAAAUUAAUAGAUGAAAGGCAAAGGGUAUUCUGGUUUGAUGAACAUUUAUUUGGUUUGGCAAAAACAUUUACAAAACAAUCUUUGUUGAAGCAUGUGUUAACGGAAGGAUCUUUGAUUGUACGAAUAUUAUUUCAACCAUUGGAAGAAACUGGUCGUACACUAUUCUCCAAACUCUUAACGAGUGUUGACAAUCCUAAUGUUAUUGAUGACAAUGUUGAAAAAAGAGAAUCAAAAGCUGCAGCUCGUAAAAUAGCAUUAACAACAUCUUUACAAGUUCUAAUAAUAAUGAUGAAAUUUCAUCUAUUACUUGGACUUCUCUUUAUUGGAUUGGCAACAAAUUAUACAGGAACCUUAAUUGACUUACUUGUAGGUCCUGUAUGGUCAAAAUCACUUGCACCAUUUGCAUUAUCUUUUUAUUGUAUAUAUGUUCCAAUUAUGGGCAUUAAUGGAAUAACUGAAGCAUUUGUAGUAGCUGUUGCAACUGAAGAAACUUUAAGUGCGUUAAAUUACUGGUUGAUUACAUUUUCAGCAGGAUUUGUUGGAACUGGUAUCAUAUUUAUGAAAGGAUUAUCUGCCGGUGCUGUUGGAUUAAUUGCAGCUAAUAUGUUUAAUUUAUCAACACGUAUUUUAUGGAGUUGGAAUUAUAUUAAAUCAUAUUAUUUAAAAAAUCGUGGUGGUAAUAAACAGGAGAUAGAUGAAUUGAAAAGAAUGUUAGCUAUAUCAAAUAUUUUACCUAAACCUUUGGUAUUAAUAUCAUUUAGUUUGGUAUGGAUUAUAACUUAUUUUUCUAAUCAAUUUAUCGGUUGGGAAACCUUGAAUGCAAAGAUUAUACAUAUUGCAGUUGGAGGUGUUUGUGCCAUUUUUGUUGCUGGAAUAACGUAA